AUGUAUGAGAUGUAUGUGGAGACCUGCGGGCAAAAUGCUCAGAACCAAGUCAACCCAGCCACGUUUGGGAAGGGUGCCAGUCAUUCGCCGAAUAAGACAGACCCAGUUGGAUCCCCUUUGUCUGAAUUCAGGAGAUGUCCAUUCUGGGAGCAGGAACUGGCAAAGAAGUACUCCUACAAAACAAUGGCCUUUCUUGCUGAUGAAUACUGCAACUAUUGUCAAGACAUUUUACAGAACGUGGAGGACUCACUCACGUCCUUCUGGAAAUCUCUGCAGCAGGACACAGUCAUGCUCAUGUCAUUGCCUGACGUGUGCCAGCUCCUGAAAUGCUACGACAGACAGCUGUACAAGGGAAUUGAGGACGUUCUCCUUCAUGACUUUUUGGAAGAUGUUUCUAUUCAGCAUCUGGAAUCUGUCCAGUCGUUUAGUAAGAAGUUUAAGCUGUGGCUCCUCACUGCUUUGGAAGGUUUUCCAGCCCUCUUACAGAUCUCCAAGCUCAGAGAAGUUACUGUGUUUGUCAAAAGACUAAGAAGAAAGACAUACCUUUCCAACAUGGCAAAGACCAUGAGAACGGUGCUGGAAAACAGCCGGAGAGUCAGCCUCCUGAAGUCGGAUCUACACGCCAUCAUCCGUCAGGGCGCUUUGGAUAUUUCCGAGAAAGCCCUGAGGAGUAACCCGAGCGGCACUGACGACCUGGAGGAGAACACAGAGAUGAAAUGUUUGAGCAGUUUAAUUUCUUUGCUGGGGACGUCAGCAGACCUCAGUGUAUUCCUGAAUUGUCUGUCUUCAAAUCUCCAAACACUUGUCUUCCAGCCGAGCAGAAGCAAAGAGGAGUUGAUCAGAUUGGCCGCCAGCUUCCAGCUGAGAUGGAAUUUCCUCCUCACGGCCGUGAGCAAAGCUAUGACCCUCUGGCACAGAGACAGCUUCGGCUCCUGGCAUCUGUUUCAUUUGCUGCUUUUGGAAUAUGUGAUUCACAUACUUCAGUCGUGCAUAGAGGAGGACGAGGAGGGCGGUGACGUGGGAAAUCUCAAGGAGAUGCUACCAGACGACCAGCCUCUUGUCCCGCCAGACCAGGAACUCUCCUGCCCUCCAGACCCCUCCCCAGCUCAGGAGCGUAGAAGCCCGAGUGCGGAUCCCCCCCGGGUGACGCUGAGACACAAGAGCCAGAGCCAGUGUGCCACGGAGGGGAGCAGUGUGGUCGUCAGGGUCCCGGGCUUCCUGGUGGACAUCGUCACGGGCGACAAGCUCAUCCAGGUAUUAUUGGAAGAUAAGGCCACUGAAAGCACCAUCAAACUCAACCUUCCUCUGGAACAAGAAACCCUCAUAACCCUGAAAGAUGGACAAAAAUUUGUGAUUCACGUAUCAGAUGUAUCCCAAAGCUCUGAGAAUAUUUAUCUUAGGGACAGUAAUGCUGACACCUAA